UGACCUUUGCUCAAGAAAUUCUGAUCAUUGUUGGUGCAGUGAUUCGUUGCCCCCGAAUCAGGAUACCAAGAGGGAUCAUUAACCAUGUCUGAAGAUGCUACUAGAGCAUUCAUGGAAGAGGUGGAUUUGUCUAUAGGUUGUGCUCCAAACCUAGGAAAGUCAUAGUUGAAUCGCUAAUGACAUCUGGAUGAAUAGUGGCCUAGACGAGAGCAGAGCUGACAAAUGGGGCGAUUCCUUUGAGGAGAAGUUGAGUUUGGAGGAGCUUCACUGUAGAAUCUACCAGGAUUGGAUGCACGACCACGACCACCAGCAUAAGGAUUCCAAGAAGAUCCAUGACCAGUAGAAGAAAAGGAAGGUUGAGAGGGAUUCGAUGUAGAAGAUCGACCAUAACCAGAAUUCGAAAAAGAAUUCAAGCCUCCUCUUCUGUAAGCAGCAUUGGCCUGAGGAUUGGAAUCAAGAUCGUGAUUGUGUUUCUCUAGACGACUUUCUUGAGAGAGAAUGAGAGAUUCAAUCUCGGCAACAGUGUAGGAAGACUGGCGAGAAUUGAUGGAGAUGACAAACACAUCAUAUUCAGAAGGAAGGCCAUUGAAAAAGGCAGUGAUGUGUUCUGUCGCAGUGGUGGUGUGACCUACAGAGCUAUGCUAAUCAACUAGAAACUUGAUCUUGAGUAAGUAAUCAUUCAAAGAUAGGGAACCUUUCUUAAGAUUUCGUAAUUGAGUGUGGAAUUGAUCGAUUUUAGCAUUAGUUUGAGUAGUGAAGUAAGUAUCAAGAAUAGACCAAACCUGAGCGGAGGUGUCUAAACCAACUACUCGUGUGAGAAUGCUUUCAAUCAUGGAGGAGAGGAGCCAUGAAUACAGAAGAUUAUCUUGUUGCUUCCAUUGAGUAUACGCCGAGUUGACUAGAGCAGCAGCACGAUCUGCAUCUGUGAGGAACUUCAAUGGUGGCAUGUGGUCCAGAUCUAUGUAAUCUUCAAGCAUGUGACCUCUAAUGGCGGCAAGAACCUGUGGCCUCCAGGGUAGAAAGUUGUGUGAGUCCAAUUUCACAGACAAGUUAUGUGAGAAGAGGACUGGCGCAAACGAAGAGGCAGUCGUGGAAGAUGGAACGACGGAAGCCAUGGAUGAACACUUGAAGAAGAUUUCAACAAAGGAAGGAGAGAGUAAUGAAGCAAGAAAUCAAUCGGAAAAAAAUCGCUUAGGGCACUAAUACCAGGUUAGGAUUGUAAGAAGAAGCUCUUAAUUGAAUAAUCUCUCAUUGAAUUGAAUGAAUGAAUAUACUCAAGUAUAAAUAGAGAUUACAUGAAGAGAAAGCCUAACUAACUACCUAACAGAAUGUACAGCUAACACUAAUUAUAAUUAACAACAAGUGAGCUGUAUAAUAACAGAAUGUACGAGUAGUUACAAUGAGUUAUAACCACUCUUAACAAAUACUUGUUGAAAAGUUCCACUUAUGCCUAGGACCAGACCUACCUUUAAAUGUUCGUUAUAGAGACAAAAUUAAAGUGAGAGCCUGGAGUUUACAUCAAAAACCUCUUAAACAUCAAAAGAAUAAUAAAGAUAGGGGAGAUAAUAAUAAUGGUAAAUCAGGCAGGAGGAAAUUAUAGAAGGAUUAAUAUUGAUGCAUUGGCUAGUGAUGUAGAAGAAGAGGAUGUAAGGGAUUAUAUUACGAUUGAUGUUGAGGCAAUGGCAACUAAGCUGGAAAAUAUGAUAUCUGAUAGUGUGUCAAUGCAACCCAAGUGUAGUCCCUGCAUCUUUAGAGUCCCAAACAUGUUAUCAAGGCAAAAUCCAAGAGCUUAUGCACCCAAUGCAUUUUCAAUUGGGCCCUACCACUACAACCAACCGCAUUUGAAAGCCACCCAACAAAUCAAAUUGAGAUAUUUACAUGAACUCAUCUCUCGUUUUCCAGAUACAAAUCCAAAGAGCAAAUUGAGUGAACUCACAACAGCCAUUAGCAAACUUCAAAAAGAAGCUCGAGAGUGCUACGAUGGAUCAAUCGAUAUGAGUAUGGAUGAAUUUAUACAAGUUUUGGUAAUUGAUGGCUGCUUCUUCAUUGAAGUUUUUCGCAAAUACAAUUAUGGUGAACUUAUAGGAAUCUAUGACCCCAUCUUUAGUUCGAAUCGUAUGAUGAUAUUACUCUACUAUGACUUGAUUUUGUUGGAAAAUCAAGUACCGUGGUUGGUUCUUGACUGUUUGUUCAAAAUGACCAUGACUCCAGAUGAAAAGAUCCCUUUGAUUACACUAGUCACAAAUUUUUUUGAUAACAUUUUCACUAGAAAGAUAAACAUUUGUGAAGAGGUUCAAAAAUGUGAAAGUAAGCACAUUCUUGAUCUAUUAAGGAACUCAUUGAUUUUGUCAUCAUGUAUAGCAAAACAAGAAAGAAGUUUGAAUUGCUUCACUGAUGAGUGGCAAGUGAUACCAUCAGCUACAGUUCUGCUUAAAGCAGGAAUAACGUUCAAGAAGGCUACACGUGGUACAUUUUCUAGUAUUUUGGAUAUCAAAUUCAAGGAUGGCGUAAUGGAGAUUCCUUCACUAUUCAUUCAUCCUGGCACAGAGUCUAUGUUUCGAAAUCUAAUAUGCUUGGAGCAGUCUCUCCCUCGUUGUGAAGAAUUGAUCACCUCUUACCUUAGAUUACUGAACUACCUUAUUAAUUCUAGCAAAGACGUGCAAAUAUUUUCAGAGAAAAAGAUAAUUGAAAACUGGACAGAUGAUAAGGAGACAGUUGUAUUCUUCAAUCAAAUCGUUAAUGAUACUAAUUUGUGGCAUUUCUAUUAUCAUGAUCUUGCCAAGGAGGUGAAUAAAUAUUGUCAACGUCGUUGGCCUAGAUAUCGAAGAGUGCUGAUACAUGACUAUUUCAGACACCCAUGGGCAGUUAUUUCAAUUUUUGGUGCAGCUAUACUACUCAUUCUUACUUUCUUACAAACUUUAUUCACUAUCCAUCAAUAGCUUUUUUUAUAUGUUGCCCUGCUUGCAGGUAAAAUUAAUUUAUAUUGUUUUCUUUUUGCAACUGGUUUUUCCUAGUUUGUUUUAGUUAGUUCAUUUACAAUGAUUGUGCUACUUAGAUGUGAUGUAUUGUCUAUUUUAAUGUCCUUUAUGUAAUAUUUCUCUAUUUCUAUCACAUGAAAUUAAGAUAAUGAUA